AUGCAGGCCAUCCCUGGACAUCAGACGCAAUACCAAAUCCUGAAUCCAGGAACGGGCAAGGCCAUCGCCAAGGGGGACACUGCAACGGUUCAUGCCACCGGCGUGGUGAAAGAGAGCGGCAAGAAGUUUUGGAGCACCAAGGAUCCGGGUCAGUCGCCUUUCAGCUACCAGGCAGGCGUGGGCAAGGUCAUUACCGGUUGGGACCAAGGAUGCUUGGGAAUGCAGGUCGGCGAGGAGCGCAAGCUGGUCAUUCCCGCCAAUGAGGGCUAUGGUUCUGGUGGCUUCCCAGCCUGGGGCAUCCCUCCUGGAGCCACCUUGGAGUUCACCUUGGAAUGCCUCCAGGCGGUGGCGGCGAUUUCAUCCGUUUUGGGAUGGUUGGAUCUUGAAAAACCGAUGGGAAAUCUGAUGGAAAUGGCGAUUUUUGGCUAUGGCCAUGGUGAUAUAUAUUAUAUAUACAUAUUAUCUAUAUAUAUAUAUAUUAUAUCUCAUAUAUAUAUUAUAUGUAUUGUAUAUAUUACAUUAUUUUUUAAAUUAUAUUAUAUUAUAUUAAAUUAUAUUAUGUAG